AUGGCGUUCAGCGACCUCCUCAGCCAUGACGAUCAUGAUACUAUGGCGAAAACCACAAUAGUCCCCUUCUUGUCCGUGUAUGAAAUAAGAAUUCUGGAAUCUGCGGCUGAAAGAGCUAUGGAGAAUAACGAAACAACCACAAUUCCAGAGACCAGUUCCACCUCCCCACCAAGCGAUGGCGUGAAGCAAGAAAUGAAACAGGAUCCUUUGUGGAUGGUAAUUUACAUCGCUGUGGGAGUGUGGAUAGCCUACAUGCUCUACAGAUGUUUUCGAUUUUGGCUCAGGCGCCGAAGAAUACUGCGCAGCGAGAACGCUAUGGGUCAUCUCGGGGACCUGCAAAUGCUACCUCAGUCAGAGGACUUUACCGAUGCACCAAACCAGGAUGAAGGCGACGUCGAGAUAGAUGAGAGCGAAAACGAAUUAUUGUAG